AACCAUGGUGAUUAAAUCCGGGGUAUAAACUGGCGGCCGUCGUGUCUGCGAGAGAGAUAUGGAGGUUCAAGCAGCACCGCACGUCCUGAUGAUGGUGGACUGCGGGACGGCGACCACCAAAAAAGUUCGCGAUGUGGCCCGAGCUUCCUGCUCCGGACAGCGCUUGUAUCACAACGUGUCUUGAGGUCCCUUCCGCUUAAGGCCGCUUUAUUUCUGCUUGACGCACAACUAUAAAUAUGGCAGAGACCGAGGAAGUGAAGAGUCCAGCUUCGAACAAACGUCCGCUAUCGGAUGUUGAAGGCGAAGCACAUGCCAACGGCGAUGAAUCCUCCUCAGACGAUGAUUUCGGCCCUGCUCUUCCCUCUGCAGCAGCGCCAAAAAAGAAGCGACGCAAGCUUGCGUUCGAAAAGGUCUACGUGAAUUCCCUUCCAGCGUCCUCCCGCUACUCGAAGUCGCUCAUGCACAAGGACCAACUGUCCUUCAUCACAAUUACGCCUCAUACAGACUUUUUGAUUACAAGCUCUGUGGAUGGAUUUGUCAAGUUCUGGAAGAAGCUGGCUGUGGGUGUCGAGUUCGUAAAGGAGUUUCGCGCGCAUACCACGGAGAUUACGAGCGUGAGUGUCAGCGCCGAUGGGAGGAGCUUCGCGACAGCCGGGGCAGAUAAGACUGUGAAGAUAUUCGACGUGAUCACAUUCGAUCUCCUCUCAAUGUUGCAGCUCGACUUUACACCGCGUUGUUUAUGCUGGGUGCACCGACGGGGGGCGUCUCUACCUAUGCUCGCUGUCACAGAUGAAUCAAGUAAUAAGAUUCUGCUCUACGAUGGACGAGGCGAGAAUACUCAGCCUCUACAUACUCUCACCAACAUCCACAGGAAGCCUGUGGUGGCGAUUGCCUUCAACGACGCCUACGGCUGCGUUAUAUCGGCGGAUGAGUCGGGGAUGAUUGAGUACUGGCGAUCCGGGGACGGGUCAUUUGAGAAACCAGACAACGUGUUUGAACUGAAGUCCUCGACGGACUUGUUUGAAUUCAAGAAAUCCAAAUCCGUGCCUGCGUCUAUCACGAUAUCGCCUUCGGGCCAGCAAUUCUCGACCUUCUCCUUCCCUGAUCGCCAGGUCCGCGUAUUUGACUUUCCCACUGGAAAGCUCUACAGGAAAUACGAUGAGUCGCUUCCUACCAUUAUCGAGAUGCAGCAGGCUGGCACAGCAUUGCAGAAGCUAGAUGAAAUCGAAUUUGGUCGACGACUGGCCGUCGAACGGGAACUCGAGAACCCUGUUACGCAACCCAAGGUGAAUGUGAUUUUCGAUGAAUCAGGGCAUUUCAUUCUCUAUGGCUCUGUGUUGGGUAUCAAAUGCAUUAACACCUUUACGAACCGGGUUGUCCGGGUGUAUGGCAAAGACGAGCCGUUCCGUGCGCUCAAUCUUGCCAUUUAUCAAGGCCAACCACAGAAAAAAGGCCUCGUAACUGUCAGCAUGGCCGCUAGCUCAAAUCCACUACUUCAAGAAGCUGAAGUGCGCGAUCCGAUGCUGGUCAGCACUGGUUUCGGUAAAGUCCGCUUCUACAUCUUCACGAACGAAACCGAGAUUUCCAAAUCAUCUCGUGAUGUUCAGAACGAAAAGCCUCGUCAGGGAGGCGACCGCGAAGCUACGGUCCAGAAGCAUACAGAGACUGGUACUUCGGCCAUCCUUCACACUACCAUGGGUGAUAUCCAUCUCCGCCUCUUCCCGACCGCAGCCCCCAAGGCAGUCGAGAAUUUUGUCACCCAUGCCCGUAAUGGAUAUUACAACAACACUAUAUUCCACCGUGUGAUACGCAAAUUCAUGAUCCAGGGCGGAGACCCGAACGGUGAUGGUACAGGGGGCGAGUCCAUCUGGGGUGGUGAGUUUGAAGAUGAAUUCUCAAGUCUAAAGCAUGAUAAGCCAUACACGCUCAGUAUGGCCAAUGCCGGACCCAACACAAACGGUAGUCAGUUCUUUAUCACGACAGAGAAAACGCCGUGGUUGGACGGCAAACAUACGAUCUUUGGCCGGGCGGUUGCGGGGCUGGAUGUGGUGCAUAAAAUCGAGAAUACGAAGGUAUACAAGGAGAAACCAGAAGUGGAUAUCAAAAUCGUCAGUAUCAGCGUCUCUUGAGAUGCGUUUUGACAAUUUUUCUUUUUCUUAUUAGUCAAACGGCUGCUAUUUACUCUCAAUACGGUCAACUGGGUAAUGUAUUGUAGGCAAUAUCACGUGGAACUUUGUACGCGGCGUAUUUAUAUAUAUUGCAACCCUCUUGGUAUUCAUAUUCUAAAUUGAAUGGAGAUGCUAAUAUGAUACAACGGAACCCAAAUAUCUGGAUCUUGAAGUAAUUAUGUAUUUAAUUAGCGGAUGCAAUGUGAAUAAAUAUAUAUCA